AUUAAGGCGGUGGCUUACCUCACUACACACACUCAAAGAUUACACAUUUAAACACUCUCUUCUUUCUCUCUCUCUUUCCUUGAUUUGCUGUUGAAAACAUCCCCUUCAAUAAUCUCACCAGUUGUACUAAUUCCUUCAUUUAUUAACCCAGAUUUCAGAUUCUUCUUCAAUACACUGUUUUACACUCUCUUCCCCACUCACUCUUUCACUCACCUUUUUUCCUUUUCUCUCUAUCUUUUUCUUCAAUUGUCUCUUUCCUCUUCUCAAAAAGCAAAUCAAAAAAGCUAAAAAAAACUUAAAUUAAUCCUAAAAAUUUCCCUUUUUUUCACAAUUUUUUGGUCACAAAACCUCUUAAAUCAUCUUCACUUUCUCUCACUAGGGUUUUUACUGAUAAUGCAAACCUCUUGAAAAAUCAUCAGCAAAAAAAGAAAUGGUGUUUUUGAUGGGUAGGAAAUGUUUGGUUCUUUUUCUCUCAUUUUUGCUUCUUUUUUCUGGGUUUUCUUCAGUUUCUGCUUCUACCCCACCUGCAAAAAUUGUUAGUGGCUUCAUCUCAAAUUCUUUAGCUAGAUUGAUGAAAUGGGUGUGGUCACUCAAAGCUACAACCAAAACAGCAGUUUCUGGGCGUUCAAUGAUGAAAUUUGAAAGUGGGUAUUUAGUUGAGACUGUAUUUGAUGGAAGUAAGCUUGGAAUUGAGCCUUAUUCUGUUGAAGUUUUACCCAGUGGAGAGCUUCUUAUUGUGGAUUCUGCUAAUAGCAAUCUUUACCGGAUCUCUUCUGCACUUUCUCUCUACAGUAGACCUAAGCUGGUUGCUGGAUCACCGGAAGGAUACUCUGGACAUGUUGAUGGGAAGUACAGGGAAGCGAGGUUGAACCAUCCGAAAGGUGUUGCUGUUGAUGACAGGGGGAAUAUUUAUGUCGCUGAUACUAUGAAUAUGGCAAUCAGGAAGAUCAGUGAUACAGGAGUCACGACUAUUGCUGGUGGGAAAUGGAGUAACAGAGGUGGUCAUGUUGAUGGACCGAGUGAUGAAGCAAAGUUCUCCAAUGACUUUGACGUUGUCUAUGUUGGAAGCAGUUGUUCCUUGCUGGUCAUUGAUAGGGGGAAUCGGGCGAUCAGGGAAAUUCAUCUCCAUUUUGAUGACUGUGCUUAUCAAUAUGAAAGCAGCUUCCCUCUUGGAAUCGCUGUACUUCUUGCUGCUGGAUUUUUCGGCUACAUGCUGGCCCUAUUGCAGCGACGAGUUGGUUCAAUUGUGUCUUCUCAGAAUGAUGCCAAAGUAACAGAAAACACUUCAUCUAGUCCAUACCAGAAGCCUCUUAAAUCUGUGAGGCCCCCAUUGAUCCCUACUGAAGAUGAUACAGAGAAGCUAGAAGAAGGGUUUUUCGGAUCACUUGGGAAGUUGCUUGCCAAUGCUGGCACAACAGGUAUGGAAAUAAUCGGUGGCAUGAUUCCAGGUUUUAAAAAAAAGCCAGUGGUGUAUCAAUACAGGAAUCAAGGACCGUAUCAUCAAACCAAUAAUUGGCAGUCACCAGAGAGUUUUGAGAUACCCAAAGAAGAGGAACCUCCUUCAAUUGAAACUAGAGCGCCCACCCCAAAGAAAACCUACGCCUUCAUGUCUAAGGAUGCAGAAAAAAUGCAGCAGCAACUGAGGCAAAGCCGAGUUUUCUACAGUGGUUGGGACACAGAAUUUCAGCAACAGCAACUACAGCAGCAGCAGCAGCAACAACAGCUGCAGCAGAAACAUGAGAAACAUCAGUACCGUCAUCAGCAUCACUCAUCUAUCCCUCAGACAUACUACGAGCAAAGCUGCGAGAAAACCAACGAGAUUGUGUUUGGGGCAGUCCAGGAGGAAGGACGACGUGAAUCAGUUAUUAGGCCUACUGAUUAUGCUAUGGAUGCAUUCAAUCAGCAAAAUAUUCGGUUCAGAGCAGGGUACGCCCGUAGCUUGUCUUAUACAUAAGUUAGAUCUUCGAUUUGUUGGCACAUAUAUGUCGUACCUAUUAUCAAUUCCUUCAAAAACAUAGUGAUCGGUAAUUCGGUAUGGUGAUCCCUUUUUGAAGUAGGAGUAUUGGGGGGGGGGGGGGUAAUAAUCUCACUUGAUGAUUGUUUAACGCCUUUUGUUUGAGAAAUGGCAUCCCCUAUAUAUUGAAGUUAGUAAUAUAUUGUCCAUUUUCUCCAA